AUGACGGUAGGAGUCGGGGUGAAGUUCAUGACACGCAUUUGGCAUCCAAACAUAAGCUCGCAGACAGGCACCAUAUGCCUCGAUAUACUCAAGGAACAGUGGGCUGCAUCGCUUACUCUCCGUACUGUGUUACUUAGUAUUCAAGCUCUUUUGACACUGCCGGAGCCGAGUGAUCCUCAAGACGCUGUUGUUGCGAAGCAAUACAUGGACAGUCAGGCACUUUUCAAGCGAACAGCCAGGUUCUGGUCGCAGCAUUAUGCAAAUGCAGGCGGUGACGGAGACGAAGAGUUCUGGAGCAGAGUUUACAAACUUCAAGAUAUGGGAGUUUCGCAGCAAAGAUGUUGA